AUGGAUAUGAACGAGGCUUCUUCAUUCUGCGUGGGCAGCUGUGGGUCUGAUCUCAUUACUCGCAAUCCUGCCCAUCCCCCGUUCAAGCUGCCCGGUGAUCCUGGAUACCUUCUGUUUGAUUACCCGGAAGGAUUCAACAUCACAAACGCUACAGAAGCUGCCUUAGCAUCCACAGCUGCUUUAAGCCAGGACGCGGCCAAUUCUGCUACUCAAGGCCCCGUCAUAUCCAUGGUGAUCACCUAUCUACGUACAACUCCUACUCCUGGUGCCCGCAAUGUCAACUACCCUCCUUACGCGAUCAAUAACAUCCAAUCCGGCCACGACCUGGCAGCUCAUGCCAUCUCCCCCAACGCCACCCACGUCGACGGAACUCUUGAAUACGACGUCCACAACCUGUAUGGGCAUCAAAUCAUCAACGCGACUUACCAUAGGCUCCUCGCCAUUAGUCUGAAAAAACACCCCUUCAUUAUCGGCCGCUCAACUUUCGCAGGCUCUGGCCAAUGGGCUGGCCACUGGGGCGGAGAUAACUACGCCAAAUGGGGAUAUAUGUACUUAUCCAUCCCCCACGCCCUCUCCUUCUCAUUAUAUGGAAUACCCAUGUUCGGCGUCGACACAUGCGGCUUCGACGGAAACACUGAUGAGGAACUCUGUAACCAGUGGAUGCAGCUCUCUGCUUUUUUCCCCUUCUACCACAAUCACAACUGGCUGGCUGCUAUCCCGCAAGAACCAUACCGCUGGGCCUCGGUUAUUAAGGCGUCACAGGACGCAAUGAAGAUCCAUUAUUCUAUUCUCCUGUAUAUGUACAUGCUGAUGUAUCAGGCUCAUGCCACGGGUUCGAUGGUCAUGCGCGCGCUGGCGUGGGAGUUCCUAGAUGAUCUGUCUCUGGCGGCCGUCGAGAUGCAGUUCCUGCUUAGUCUAGCCUUUAUGAUUAUUCCUAUUUUAGCGCCACAGGAGAAUAUAGUCAAGGGAGUUUUUCCUAAUUUGGCGCAUGGUAAGAAGUGGUAUGACUGGUACACAGAGCGUGAGAUAGAUUAUGCCCAGCCAGGGAAGAACAUGACCAUUCCAGCGCUGCUGGGCCAUAUCCCAGUUUUUAUUCGGGGCGGGCAUGUCAUUCCAAUGCAGGAGCCAGUGCUGAUGACACGCGAGGCGAGGAAUACGCUGUGGUCUUUGCUUAUUGCGCUGGAUGACAAGGGGGAUGUAGUAGGUUAG